AUGGACUGGACAAGAAAACUCAAAACCAAAUGCCUCAAGCUCAUCACCGCCAACAAAGAGGAACCAGCGGCCGAAGACCUAAUCCCUCUGGUAGAUAUCCCACCUCGCCAACCAAAACCCAAGCCUGAGGCCCGCAUUGCGGGGAACUCAAGGCUGCCCAGAUCCGGGGGCCCCGGACUCCCCAAAAAGGGUUAUCGUCGCUAUAAAUUCGGCGAUCUGGAGAAAGAGGAGACGACUGACGAAGACGAGGGCCAAAACCAGGAAGAAGAGGAGGAGGGGACCGAGGCCGAGAUGGAUGCUAUAAGCAUCGUGCAUAUGUUGGAUGAUGAAGUCUCCGGAAAGGGAAAGAGAGAUGGGUCUGGUACAGGGAGUAGCAAUGGGGAUGUCGAGGAUACUGAGUAG